CCCUAACUCAAAAAAUGUAAACACAUUUUGGAAUAUAUUUCAUAGAACAUGAAUAAUAUUGUGCAGUAUAUUGUAGUCCGCAGCGACUUGCGUUCCGCCCUUAGUUGGCCCUUGGGGGCGGUGAUCGCCCAGAGUUGUCAUGCCACAGCCGCCGUCAUUCACCUGAAUUCGGAGGACGCCGACACUGUGGCCUACUUGAACGAUCUGGAUAAUAUGCACAAAGUUGUGCUGGAGGCCAAAGAUGAGAGUGCUCUGGUCAAGCUCAGCGAAAAGUUGAAGGAGAACGAGAUUAAACACAAGUUGUGGAUCGAACAGCCCGAAAAUAUCCCAACCUGCAUCGCCUUGAAACCCUAUGUUAAGGACACGGUUCAUAAAUAUGUCAAGCACCUAAAGCUUUUAAAAGAGUAAUACAUUAUUGUUGUAUAUGUUGUAUAUUGAUACUAAAAAUGUAAGAAAGA